ACGAGUAUAAACAAAGAACGAACGAGAAGAGCAUCUCACUACCACGGAUUGAAAUACAAAGUUAAAUUUCUAUUGAAAUAUUAACCAAUGGGUCACUAGACGGCGGAGAGUGCUUAACAGAUUUUGUCGAUUUCUCAUUUUGUUGAAUUGACUUUGCUAGUGCUGUCAGCGUCAAAUUAUGGCUAAAUUAGUUUCGAUUUUCUUCUUCUGCAUUUUGUGUUCGGUGGGAUUUGCUACAAUUAAGUACGAGCAUAUUAGUAGCUGGGAUCUUAAUUACGAUGGUCGUAAUGUUUACCUUUAUCUUACCUUCAAGUGUAGUGUAAAUUAUAGCGACGACAAAACGAUGUAUCAAAAUUGGUUUAUCUUAUUUUACGGACAUAUUAGUUUCGUUAAUUGUAAAUUUACUGAUAUCCUCAGCAGCUUUAUUUCAAUGUUUUACAAAACCAAGUCACUCAACAUAACCGAUGUCGAAUUAUACACACUGCAACCAAAAGUGUUGUCGAAUUUCACUAUACUGGAAAAAUUGAUGGCGAGCAACAAUCGACUGACCGAACUUCCACCGAAACUUUUCGUCAAUGCAACGCAGAUUGCCAACGUAGACUUCUCCAAAAACGCUAUAAAACGCAUCGACCCACUAACUUUUGAGAAUGUAACCAGUCUUCAAACGCUUAAUUUGUCGAACAAUCAACUCGAUCGCAUAGAACCAAUUUGCCUCGAUCACCCGAAAUUACAGGAGUUGGAUCUAUCAUACAACCAUUUAUCGUUUGUAGAAAAGAAUGUUUUUGAUAAAUUGGCGAAUUUGUUGAAGUUGAAUUUGUCGAACAAUAAUUUGUCGUCUUUAGGGGACGGACAGUUCGAUAAGAUGACGGCAUUGACGCACCUAGACCUAGCUUCCAAUCCCAUCGGCAAUCUGCACGUUGGUAUCUUUUCGCAAUUGGCCAACGUAGAAUAUUUGUCCUUACGGGGAACGAACAUCUCAAGCAUCGAACUGGGCACAUUUUCGUAUCAGCAAAAGUUGAUUUCGCUGGAUGUGUCCGACAACCAGUUAACCGAGUUCGAUUUCGAUCUGUUCUUUCCCAUCGUGCAUGAUCUACGGUCACUUUAUCUAAGUCAAAAUCGGUUGCAACAUUUGAAUGGAUUCCGAAAUGCAAUAUUUCCUAGCUUAGUGCUACUGGACAUCAAAAACAAUCCAUUCAACUGCUCGUAUUUAAAGUACUUUUUCGGACUCGUCAACUGGGAUAAAAUUCGUCUUGCCGUCGACCCUUUAUCGACCCAAUCACGUAAAUCGAACAUUCGGGGAAUUAACUGUGAAGCCUCGUCGUCGUCAGAAGCAUACAUCGAUGAGUAUUCAACCGUUCAAAAGACCGAGAUGCAAAACGACUUGAAUGGUAACCUCAUCCAUUUAAUCGUCAAAUCGAAUGAUGACCUAUUCGUCGUGAAAGUCAUUCUAUUUCUGGUUCUUAUGGUCAUUGCAAUCUGUGGAGCGAUGUAUUUGCUGGUGAAUCGAAACCGACUCUUCAAUUCGAACCGUUAUCACCGUGGGGUCGGUGAACAAGAUGCAUCAUCGGAUCCAAGGGUAAAAUAUUCAAGUGAUGGUGUGUUACUGAUGGAAUGACUUGCUUCUUAAUUUUAUCCGUUAUGUUUGGUCGUAAAAAUUGUAACUAAAUUAUAGAAGGUAGACAG